AUGUCUGUUCGGCUGCCUCCUCUGUCAGACCUACCUACUAAAUUGCUGGCUCUCCUUGCUCCUCCAGCCCCAACGCUCUCCAUUGGCGACCUCUCACUCAUCUCCAUCACUCGCGAGCACUUCCUCACUGAACCCGGCUGGCUUCAGCCACCUAUCAGUAAACAUUUCAAUCUCCCGCUCAAAGUCUGGACUGAGCCCUUCGCGAGCGACGAGGAAGAAAAUGCAAAUCCAGUGGCAGAGCAUCCAAACCCGGUGUACGAUAUCUUAUUUGCCACGUUCGACACCUCCAGUCCCGACUUCGGCAAACGAGACGCCGCGUAUGGCGCAGUCAACAACGCCAUCAUCAUCGUCCGCACCAAUUGUCCUGUGAUCGAUAUCCCGGCUGAGCAGGAUCCGGUAGGUAUCAUGUUGGCCUACCUACAAAGAAAAGCCAAAGAAGUCUCACAAGUUCUCGCAAUCGCGCGCAAAGGCCCCGAAGAUAAGCUGCGUGCUUAUCAAGCUCUUGCGCAGCGACAGUUCACUGCCGAAGCCAUGGCGAAGGAGUUCGUGGUCAAGAGGGAGCAAUUCAUCAAAGCUGGUAUUACGAGGUUCGAAACUACACCAAAUGCGUUUCUGGAAGAAGAUUCGAUCGCGCAACAUGAGGAUCACAUUGGUAUUUUUGCGGCCAGGAAGAGGUAUGGAAUCGCAGGACCACCCGGUCUGAGGUCUUGCGAAGCACCGAGUUGCGCGGCUCUAAGUCCUUAUUUGUUGCCAAUCUCUUGUGGGAUCGGAGCCACGGACUUCUGGCAUUGUGGACAGGUAUGUAUGGAUGAGGCUAUGAAAGCGUUGAAGAGUAAGUGUGGGCACGUGGAGUGCGGACACAGUGUGAAGGCGGAGGAGCGGGAUGAGGAAGGCGAAAAGCACGCGCAAGAGGGUCAGGAAGGGCAGGCGAAAAAUGGUGACAAGAAGGGGAUCGAGUGA